AUGAACAAUGCACCAAAGGGCAUCAUCUCUGAGGACCAGAUGGUCCCCAUCGAGCAGGUGGUUGCGGAGUUUGGUGAUCAACGUGGUAUUGAGAUCGGGGACGCGAAGGCAUUUGCCCUGAUCAGCACAACCACUAUGCCGGAGGCAGGAUUCCGGGCAAAAUUGUCAACCAGACUUAAAGGCAAGGCAGAAAAGAUAGAUGUUGAGAAGCGUUUGUUGCCUUCCCUGGUUGGGCGAAACAGCUUGAUGCUUGCAGUUCCAGCAGAGCCGUUUGGGCUUCAGCUUGGACUGUGUGCAGUUAUUCAGCGCAGAGGGCACCAUGCUCUGGCAAGCACAGAGAUCGUUGACAACAUUGAUCUCCGCACCAUGGUCUGCAAAAGGUUGGCAGCAUGCGUCGCAGUUCUGAGCAUACCGAUGGUGGGAGCUGGGAGGUGGAUCGAGCACAACUAUUCUACCCCACCGCUCCAGCUCGGCGGUGCCUACGAUCAUGCUAUGGUGUACGACAACAUCAGCCAGGCGCUGUGGGUGAGUCAUGCGGAAGAUAACAAGUUGCUGAAGUACGAUGUGCAGGCUGGGGUGUGGAGUGCUGCUGCAGCACCUGCGGCGCCUCCUAAUACCGGCAGUCCUCACGGCGCACCCAUGGCGUACGACAGCAUCCACCAGGCGCUGUGGCUCUUUGCUGGGGGCGACUUGUGGAGACUGGACUUGCUAGAUCUGCAGGAGUCGCAGGUGCAGCCGGGGAGGGUGGGUGGGAAAAUGCAGAGCGGGACCAAGCCCUCUGAACGCCUAAAUGCUGCCAUGGUGUACGACAGCAUCAACCAGGUUCUGUGGCUGCAUGGAGGAUAUGGUUAUUGGACUUUUUCUUCUCUGGACGACUUUUGGAAAUUUGACAUACAGGUAGGAGAAUGGGCGGAGCAGAGUCUGACACCAAAGCCCUCUGCACGCCGUUCUCAUGCCAUGGCGUACGACGGCCUCAACCAGGUGCUGUGGCUGUAUGGAGGAUAUUCUCGCCGCGGUUAUGGCACAUUGGACGACCUGUGGAAAUUCAAGAUAGAGGUCAGCGAAUGGGUUGAGCUUCAGAAUCUGACCACCAAGCCCCCUGGACUUUAUGGUCAUGCCAUGGCGUACGACAGCACCAGCCAGGUCUUGUGGCUUCAUGGUGGAAGAUCAUCUUCCAGUAGCGGCAGUUUCAGUUCCGACUUGUGGGCAUUCGAGAAUGGAACCUGGAGCCUGCAGAAUCUCGUCACGAAGCCAGAUGCCAGGGAUAUUCAUGCCAUGGCCUAUGACAGCAACAGCCAGGCGCUGUGGUUACAUGGAGGAAGCACCAUAAUCGACAAGAGCAGUCGUUCGCUCGGUGACUUCUGGAAGUUCGAGGUCACGUGCCCUGUCGGAUUCUUGACGGUGCCUAAUGCCGAGUGUGAUCCGUGCCCCGUGGGCACCUGGACGAACGUAUCGGACAGAUGCUUUCCAUGCAGCUCAGAUUGGCCAGGCUCAACCACACAAAGUGAAGGGUCUUCAAACGUGGACAUGUGUGUUCGCCCCCUCGGCGGGGAACAGUGGCAAUGCACAUCUGGCGUCGAUUGCCAUGUGGGUAUCCAGGGAUACAGUCUGCAGGGCCGGCAUCGACUGGCUGUGGCAGUUCUCGGCAAUUGUGGCACGGGUGCCUUCCUAUCACGGGCAGGGAUGUCACAUGAAAGCCCUGAUGGCAGCGACUAUACUUGGACCAACUUUAUGCCUGAGGGAGGCACCUACCAGGUCUGCUGGUGUGCCAACAUGCACGGCCAUGACUGUGCGCAUGCGGACGAUUUCAGGAUUGCUGCUGGCUGGAUGGAGGUGAAGGGCCCGCUGACUGAGCAGACAUUCUCAUGUGUCCGAGGCGCCGACUGCCACAACCUCCAGCCCUUGAACGGAACAGGUUUGCUACAUAGCCUGGUGGCGGUGCGGAGUGCGGGCUGCUGGUCCAGAAAGGGACAACAGAUAUCUCCAAGUAACAAGAAGGGUAUCGCCAAUGUGACACAAGCUGGCAGCAAUGGCACCAUUCUUUAUUACGUUUUUACAUUCGGCGUUUCCAGUGUACAGCACAGCAUCGACAACGGAUUGACCCUGACUGCGGACGACGCCGGGCACGACCUCUGUUGGUGCGGGAUGGAUUCCUGCAGUGAUGAGGAUUUCUUCGUUCCUCUUGGCAAGCUUCGUGUCGAGGGUCCACUAUCGAACCAGGAGACGAGCUGCGCUGUGGGACAGCCGUGCAGCUUGAGUGCUGUACAAGCAGUGGGAAUUAGUCCUGAUGACAGGAUCAUGGUCUUGAACUCCUGUGCAAACGGCGUCGCGGUGCAGGGCUUCCCUGGAGGUGGACUGGCUAUGCCUGUCGAUGGUGCUUUUCAGUUCAUGGCAAGUGAUUCCGAAGUACUGCACUCGCGAGCUGGGAUAUAUCGGCUGUGCUUUUGCAGACAGACUGAUGGUUCACCUUGCAAUGCAACGGAGCAUUUCUCGGCAGCAGUUGGCCUCCUGUCAGCGCGCGGACCCUUCCACACAGAUGCCGUGUGUGAGUUGGGCACUGCGUGUAUGGUUGAACUGUCUGGGCUAGGUCUGCAGGCUGAUGAUCGCGUCGUGCUAACACGCGAUAAUUGUGACGACGUAGGCAGCCAGUACGACGGCCUGGAAGUGCUACAACCCAUCCCUGUUGUGCAAAACGGCAGUGCCUUCCACGCUGACCUCGGCAAGAUUCCCUUGGAGGCCACACCAGGGGAUUUGCGAUUGUGCUGGUGUGGCGCUGGUUAUUCGUGCGAUAGCGUGACCGCUUUCCGCGCAGAGGCUGCGAAUCUUGCGAUUACUUGCCCCAAAGGAUACUUCCACUCUGCUGGCAGAUGCACCGAAUGCGGCCGGGGCUUCUACUGUUCGGGUGGCAGCAUCGAGCUGGCUAUCCGAAAGCCGUGUCCAGCCAACUCUGACAGUGAUCUUCGGGCAACUUCAGAAACUGACUGCAAAUGCAUGCGGGAUUUCAAUGCUAUAGUGGAUGGCAAGUCAGGUUCCCUUGAUCGCUGUGCGGACUGCAGGUUCUAUGAGGGGUUGAUAUGUCCGGGAGGUUUUGAUGAAGGGGAGCGGCGAGAUCAUGCCCAGCCUCGAGCAGAGCCUGGCUUCUUCCAGACAGGCAACUCCUCGGCUGUGCGAUGUAUGAUCGAAUUUCAGGCGAAAGAGAGUGUCUGCCUGGGAUCGAACGAGUGCGUUGAAGGUUCUUCGGGCAGACUGUGUGGAGAAUGUGCAGAGGGGUGGGCAAGGGGGAAUUACUUGGAGCCUUGCGAAUCCUGCCAUGCUGGAAAUGUCAAAGGCUCAGUCUGGCUGGCACUAGUCAUUCUCACAGAUGUGGCCAGGAUUGCUGUCCUAAACUUUGGAGUGGCUGCGCUCUCUGCACAGUCAGCCGGCACUGUGAGUUUGAAGCUGCAUUCGCCGAUGAUCCGCAUACUGUUGCGAUGGAGGGAUGCAUGCUCGGUGCUGACAGGGAUUAAUUUGGACGGCCUGCCGGCAUUCCCUUGGUCUCGUGCAACGGCACAUGCGGCCGGAGGUUGCUCCGGUGCCGAGUGUGCCCGGCUGAGGUUUGACCGGCCUCCGGAUGUUACCCAUGCCAUCGACAUGCUCUUCUCUGCGAUGAGAAUUUUGCCAAGUGUGAACGUGGAGUUCGCGGCGUCUUGUCAGGCCCAGGCCUGGUUUCCAGGCAACACCGUAGCCCACAGGCUGGGCCCCGCCCUUUACUAUCUAUUUCUGCCGGUGAUGACUCUCGGGGGCACGAUCUGUGUUUGUGCCAUCGUUGUCUAUGUGCUUAUACCGAUGGGCAACAAACACGGGCUGGUCUUCAACAAAGCUGACCAUGAGAAGCAGAAGCACCUACAACUGGCCAGACACAUGGUGACCAACGUGCAGGAAGCUCAUGAAGAUGGUGACCUGAAGUUUAUGUGGCGCGUGCAGGAGAUGUCAGAUGGACUUCUACUUGCAGCGGACUGGGGAGCUUCCGUGGAGGUGAUGACCGCUGGCAUCCCGCUGUUUGAGCUGGAAAGUGCUGCGAAAGGCACGCUCUUCGAGCAAACCCUUCGGCGGAUGGUCCUCGGUGCCGUUGCUUGGAAACUUCGAGGCCAUGUCGACGUGCAGGCUGCAGUCGCCGAAGUCGAAGGCCUGGAACUAACAGAUAUUGAUAUAGAGGUGGCAACAGCCCUGGCUCUCUCCGCGGAGAGCAGCCAGCAGCUCAAGACCGCGAUCCAAGAGGGAGCUAACGACAGGGCCUUCGUGCGUCGAGCCGUCCAAGAGCACAAAGAGCGCAAAAGCCGUCAAGACACUGUGGCUUCAGAUGCGUCCAAGCUCGACUUCGGGCUUUUCUCCCGUUUCCCCAGUCUUGAGCAGCUCCUGCUCCAGACCAGGCCGGUUGUUUGGCUCACGCAACUGGCCCUGUGGCCUGAACUCGUAUCCAAGUUCCUGCAGUUGAUUCGAUGCUCUCCUAUGCCGGAAGAUAAAGACGAUGGCACAGCGGGUUACGUCCAGCGUUUGCUUCCCCACCCGGACAUUGAAUGUUGGACAGAAGACCACGCGGCAUUGAUUGGAGUUGCUGUAGUAGGGCUGUCGCUAUGGUGCUUGGGCAUCCCCUUGCUUUUAUUCAUGCGGAUUUGGAUGCUUACAGAUCGGCAGGAUCCAGACCAAUACAGGCUAUAUGGCUUCUUCAUCCAAGGUUUAGCCCCGCGCUAUUGGUACUGGGAUCUCAUUGUCAAGCGAGCAGACAUUGCCCUGAUGCUUUUGGUGGCCUACACAUCUAUCGCUAACGACGACAAUGCCAAGCUAUUAUUAUUCCCUCUUAUCUCAGGCAUGCAGCUAGGCAUUUCUGCUUGGAUAUCGCCUUAUGCAAACAGCCAAUCUCAAAUACUGGAUGUGCUUGAGUUUGUGCUGCUGAUCAGCCGAUUCGUGCUCUUCAGCGUGGUUGCCAUUUUGCUUAUUUUCUUCCCUUCUGUGGAGAUUAUAUGGGCCUGGGCCAUGUUGCUAUUGGUGGGGAUCUUUUGUACUAUCGCAUAUGCGUCAGUGCACAUUCUUGCCCAAUUCUUGCGGAGUGCUGCCGGUGCAGCAAAUGAGAUGGAGGACAGGAUUGGGGAGGACACUGGUCCUGAGCACAGGCCACACAUGCAGAUUGCCGUCUCCAAGAGUACGGCGCAAGCCAAGUUGGCAGGUACCCUGCAAUCGCUCUGGAAGACCGCAGUGAGGCUCUUGCUCCCUUUCGUUGAGCCACCACAGCGGCUUGUUUAUCGGUGGUCCCUGGAUGCAGAGUCUCCAGUGGAGAAUAUCCGGACAAGCCAGAUCCAACCUUCCGGUAUCCAAGGCGCAUGUCCGACUGUUAGCUGCCAGUCAGGGGCCAACACAAAAACACCCACAUUUCAGAUUGGGACUCAGAUCAGAAGGGAGGCAUUGCACAUGGGAGUCACAUGGGGCGCUGAUUGUUGGCAUGGUGUCGGCUUAGUGCUCAUGGGGCUGUUUCUCAUUGAAGUACAUGAGGGUGUCUGCGACAUGGCUGUUGAAGGAUGGAUCAUGGUGCAGAUCCUGAAGGUGUCCAAUGCCGUUCUACGCUUCGACCUGGAUAUUCAGCGUGAAGAUGUAAACAGUGCAUACAAGGAGUUCCUGACAAUGUGGUGGUGCAAGUGUAGUGGCAAGAAGAUCCCUAGCUUCAAUGUGCUCUGUCUGCUUGCGAUCACGCAGCGGGCUCUGCCCAACGAGAUUGCAAGUUCCAAACUUUACGAAUGCUGGGAGAAGGAGCUCGAGGAUGCCACCGCAACAAAGGACAGCGUGCGGAAUGUGUACGCAGACGACUUCACGAAUGCCGUGAACCUCUUCGGUGCUCUUCCCAUUAUUGAAGCUCGCAGACUUCUGGAUCUCGCAGCCAGUGUCCUCCGCCGUCCGCACCAGAAUCCAGCCGUGCACUCAGACCGGUUGUCCAGUAGCCCACGGUCUUUGGCGUCCUUAUCAAAAAAGGAUCCUGUUGAGGUUUGCACAGCAUUCACGGCACAGAAAAGUUUGCCGUUGAGCAGUGACUUCAGGAAGAAGAUCUCAGCCUGA